AUGGCAGCCAGUGCUACAGCCGGAGCUCCGGUUAUACCAGGUCCUUCACCACCGUCGCUGUCCCUCCCACCUUCUCAAUUCGCGCGCCUGCAACCUCACGCCUAUCUUCUUGCUCACCUGUCGCCGCCUCCUUCGAGUCAACAAUCGCCGCUACGAGCCAACGGCCGCAAGCCGCUAGAGUUUAGGGCAACGUCUGCCAACUCUGGCUCCUUAACACACACUAACGGCAGUGCUGUCGUCAGGAUAGGAGACACUGCUGCAGUAUGCGGGGUCCGCGCCGAAAUCCUACACACAGAAGACAUUGCGUCUUGGGGAGUUUCUGCACCUUUUAGCGGAACAAAACGAAGAAAGACCCAGCCAGACAAUGAUGAUAGCGGCGAGGACGACGAAGAUGAAGAUUGCGAUGACAGCCAAAUCAGGGACCUCAACCUUGUCGUCCCAAAUCUUUCUUUGAGCACAGGGUGUGCGCCUGGCUUCAUUCCAGGUGCACCUCCAUCAGCCCUGGCGCAGUCGCUCUCACACCAACUCCUAUCGAUGUUGCACAGCUCCAAUAUUGUACGCGCAGAUGAUCUACGAAUAUGGUACCACCCCCCAGACUUUGACGCCAUUGGGCGUCAAGAGGCGGGCCAAGAUACCGAAAUGGAAACGGAUACCGCGGGGGACGAAGACUCAGUAAGUCCCGAACCAGAAAUUAGGGGGUUCUGGGUACUCUAUAUCGACGUGAUGAUGAUUUCACUUUCUGGGAACCCUUUCGACGCAGCAUGGGCUGCUGUUCUUGCUGCUUUGCGCGACACACGACUACCCAAGGCUUGGUGGGAUGUGGAUAAUGACAUGAUCCUGUGCUCGGAUGAAGCUUCGGAAGCGAAGAAGCUCAACCUUCGUGGUCUUCCAAUCGCAAGCUCGUUCUCUGUCUUCGAGGCAGAUGCUGCCGCAGACUGGCGUGCCGUCGUCCUUCCGGACGCUGAAAAUGGCAUAGCCAAACAAACAUCUAGUGAGCAAAAGACAUGGAUCUUGGCUGAUCCAGAUGGCUUCGAAGAGAACUUGUGCCAGGAGCGGAUAUGUAUCGUAAUUGAUCAAGAUGAGAAAAAGGGUGUGACAAAGAUUGUCAGCAUGGAGAAGAAUGGAGGCCUGUCUGUUGGCCGUGACGAUCUCCGGACGUUGGUUGAUAUUUCUACGCAGAGACAGAAACAGGUCAAGGCGAUACUACAAGGGUUACAAUGA